ACGUCCACAUGCAGAUAUGCAAGAGCUCGGGGGACUGGCACCACCUCACCCAUGGUCAGCUGGGGUCGCUUCCUCUGCCUGGUCGUGGUCACCAUGGCAACCCUGGCCCUGGCCCGGCCCUCCUUCAAUUUAGUGGAGGACACCACGUUAGAGCCGGAAGAGCCGCCAACCAAAUACCAAAUCUCCCAACCUGAAGUUUACGUGGCCGCGCCCGGGGAGUCGCUAGAAUUGCGCUGUCCGUUGAGAGAUGCCACCAUGAUCAGUUGGACUAAGGAUGGGGUACACUUGGGGCCCAACAAUAGGACAGUGCUUAUUGGGGAGUACUUGCAGAUAAAAGGUGCCACGCCUAGAGACUCCGGCCUCUAUGCUUGCACGGCGGCUAGGCCGGUAGACAGCGAGGCUGUCUACUUCAUGGUCAAUGUCACAGAUGCCAUCUCAUCCGGAGAUGAUGAGGACGACACAGAAGGCUCCGAGGAUUUUGUCAGUGAGAACAGUAACAAGAGAGCGCCAUACUGGACGAACACAGAAAAGAUGGAAAAGCGACUGCAUGCGGUCCCUGCAGCCAACACAGUCAAGUUUCGCUGUCCAGCUGGGGGGAAUCCAACACCAACAAUGAGGUGGCUGAAAAACGGAAGGGAAUUUAAGCAGGAACAUCGCAUCGGAGGCUACAAGGUGCGGAACCAGCACUGGAGUCUUAUUAUGGAGAGCGUGGUCCCAUCUGACAAAGGCAAUUAUACCUGUGUGGUGGAGAACGAGUACGGCUCUAUCAAUCACACGUACCACCUUGAUGUUGUCGAGCGAUCACCACACCGGCCCAUCCUCCAGGCUGGACUGCCUGCCAAUGCCUCCACCGUGGUCGGAGGCGACGUGGAGUUUGUCUGCAAAGUUUACAGCGAUGCCCAGCCCCACAUUCAGUGGAUCAAACACGUGGAAAAGAACGGCAGCAAAUACGGACCCGACGGGCUACCCUACCUCAAGGUUCUGAAGGCCGCCGGUGUUAAUACCACGGACAAAGAGAUUGAGGUUCUCUAUAUUCGGAAUGUAACUUUUGAGGAUGCUGGGGAGUAUACGUGCUUGGCGGGUAAUUCUAUUGGGAUAUCCUUUCACUCAGCAUGGUUGACAGUCCUGCCAGCUCCUGUAAGAGAAAAGGAGAUUACGGCUUCCCCAGACUACCUGGAGAUAGCCAUUUACUGCAUAGGGGUCUUCCUAAUUGCCUGUAUGGUGGUGACGGUCAUCCUGUGCCGAAUGAAGACCACGACCAAGAAGCCGGACUUCAGCAGCCAGCCCGCUGUGCACAAGCUGACCAAGCGCAUCCCCUUGCGGAGACAGGUUUCUGCCGAGUCCAGCUCCUCCAUGAACUCCAACACCCCGCUGGUGAGGAUAACCACACGCCUCUCCUCAACGGCAGACACCCCCAUGCUGGCAGGGGUCUCCGAGUAUGAACUUCCAGAAGACCCAAAGUGGGAGUUUCCAAGAGAUAAGCUGACGCUGGGCAAACCUCUGGGGGAAGGUUGCUUUGGGCAAGUGGUCAUGGCUGAAGCAGUGGGGAUUGACAAAGAGAAGCCCAAGGAAGCAGUCACCGUGGCAGUGAAGAUGUUGAAAGAUGAUGCCACAGAGAAGGAUCUUUCUGAUCUUGUGUCAGAGAUGGAGAUGAUGAAGAUGAUUGGAAAACACAAAAAUAUCAUAAAUCUCCUUGGAGCCUGCACUCAGGAUGGGCCGCUCUAUGUCAUAGUUGAGUACGCCUCGAAGGGCAACCUCCGGGAAUACCUCCGAGCCCGCAGGCCCCCCGGGAUGGAGUACUCCUAUGACAUUAACCGCGUCCCCGAGGAGCAGAUGACCUUCAAGGACUUGGUGUCCUGCACCUACCAGCUGGCGAGAGGCAUGGAAUACCUGGCUUCCCAGAAAGGGCGACUUCCAGUCAAGUGGAUGGCUCCAGAAGCCCUUUUCGAUCGAGUGUACACCCACCAGAGUGACGUUUGGUCCUUCGGGGUGUUAAUGUGGGAGAUCUUCACUUUGGGAGGUUCACCCUACCCAGGGAUUCCGGUGGAGGAACUUUUUAAGCUGCUGAAGGAAGGACACAGGAUGGACAAGCCGGCAAACUGCACCAAUGAACUGUAUAUGAUGAUGAGGGAUUGUUGGCACGCCGUGCCCUCACAGAGGCCGACGUUCAAACAGUUGGUGGAAGACUUGGACCGAAUUCUCACUCUCACCACCAAUGAGGAAUACUUGGACCUCAGUCAGCCUCUCGAACAGUAUUCACCUAGUUACCCUGACACAAGGAGUUCUUGUUCUUCAGGAGACGAUUCUGUUUUCUCUCCGGACCCCAUGCCUUACGAACCAUGCCUUCCUCAGUAUCCACAUGUAAACGGCAGUGUUAAAACAUGA